UGCAACAGGAGGAUGCUUUCCCAGCCCCACCAUGGAGCUGCGCUGUGGGGGACUGCUAUUCAGUUCGCGAUUUGAUUCAGGGAACCUAGCCCAUGUGGAGAAAGUAGAAUCUGUGUCUAGUGAUGGGGAAGGAGUAGCAGGGGGGGCAUUAGCCCCCACCAGCAGCACUGCCUCUUCCCCUGACUAUGAGUUCAACGUGUGGACCCGGCCAGACUGUGCUGAGACAGAAUUUGAGAAUGGGAACAGGUCAUGGUUUUACUUCAGCGUCCGGGGAGGAUCUCCAGGGAAACUCAUCAAGAUCAAUGUCAUGAACAUGAACAAGCAAAGCAAGCUGUACUCCCAGGGCAUGGCCCCCUUCGUGCGGACACUGCCCACCCGGCCACGCUGGGAGCGCAUUCGAGACCGGCCCACCUUUGAGAUGACAGAGACGCAGUUUGUGUUAUCCUUUGUUCACCGUUUUGUGGAGGGCCGUGGGGCCACCACCUUCUUCGCCUUCUGCUACCCCUUCUCCUACAGUGACUGUCAGGAUUUGCUAAACCAGCUAGACCAGCGCUUCCUGGAGAACCACCCUACCCAUAGCAGCCCCCUGGAUACCAUCUAUUACCACCGGGAGAUCCUCUGCUAUUCUCUGGAUGGACUUCGUGUAGAUCUGCUGACGAUCAGUUCCUGCCAUGGGCUGCGAGAAGAUCGAGAGCCCCGACUAGAGCAGCUAUUUCCUGAUACCAGUACCCCCCGGCCAUUCCGUUUCACAGGCAAGAGGAUAUUCUUCUUAAGCAGCAGGGUGCACCCUGGGGAGACACCAUCUAGCUUUGUCUUCAAUGGCUUUUUGGACUUUAUCCUUCGACCUGAUGAUCCCCGGGCCCAAACCCUACGUCGCCUCUUUGUCUUUAAGCUGAUUCCCAUGUUGAACCCCGAUGGGGUUGUCCGGGGCCACUACCGCACAGACUCGCGUGGAGUGAAUCUGAAUCGUCAGUACCUGAAGCCUGAUGCAGUCCUGCACCCGGCCAUCUACGGGGCUAAAGCGGUGCUUCUCUACCACCACGUGCACUCCCGUCUGAACUCCCAGAGUCCCUCUGCACAACAGGACAGUCCUCAUCUCCCUCCGGAUGCUCCCCUUUCUGACCUUGAGAAAGCCAACAAUCUCCAGAAUGAAGCUCACCUUGGGCACUUACCUGAUGGGGACAGUCCUGAAGCCUGGACACAGACUGAGCCAGCAGAGCAGAAGGACAACAGUGUGUGGAUUAUGCCCCAACAGUCCGCUGAGGCCGAGCAGCCAGCCCCCGACACCAUCCCCCCCCGAGAGAGUGGUGUUGCUUACUAUGUGGACCUGCACGGACACGCUUCCAAAAGGGGCUGCUUCAUGUAUGGAAACAGCUUUAGUGAUGAGAGCACCCAGGUGGAAAAUAUGCUGUACCCAAAGCUCAUCUCCAUGAACUCAGCCCACUUCGACUUCCAGGGCUGCAAUUUCUCAGAGAAGAACAUGUAUGCCCGAGACCGCAGGGAUGGCCAGUCUAAGGAGGGAAGCGGCCGGGUUGCCAUCUACAAAGCCUCAGGGAUAAUCCACAGCUACACACUUGAAUGCAACUACAACACUGGGCGCUCAGUAAACAGCAUCCCUCCCGCCUGCCACGACAACGGCCGUGCCAGCCCCCCUCCCCCGCCGGCUUUCCCCUCCAGAUACACUGUGGAAUUGUUUGAGCAGGUGGGACGAGCAAUGGCCAUCGCAGCUUUGGACAUGGCAGAAUGCAAUCCGUGGCCCCGAAUCGUGCUGUCUGAGCACAGCAGCCUCGCGAACCUCCGGGCCUGGAUGCUGAAGCAUGUGCGGAGCAUCCGAGGCCUGGGCAGCACUGUGAACCUGGGUGUCAGCAAGAAGAGAGGCUCUCGAACUCCACCCAGAACUAACAAUGGAUUGCCUGCUUCCUGCUCUGAAAAUACCUUGAGCCGCAUGCGAAGUUUUAGCACUGGCACAAGUGCCGGUGGGAGCAGCAGCAGCCAACAGAACUCUCCACAGAUGAAGAGCUCCCCCAGCUUUCCUUUUCAUGGCGGUCGGUCUACAGGGCUGCCAGGCCUGGGCUCUAGCACCCAAAAGGUCAGCCACCGGGUGCUGGGCCCCGUGAGAGAGCCCCGAAACCAGGACAGGAGACGGCGACAGCAGCCACUGACACAUCGCACUACUUCUAGCAGCCUGGCCCCAUCCCCAGCUCCGGCCAGUUCCAGCCCAGCCUCCUCACGCAGCAUGGGCUCCUGCCUGCUGCCCAGCCCACUCAGCAUAUCAGGGAGCAGCUGCUCAUUCCUGUCCUCAGGGGACAAGCCAGAGGCCGUCAUGGUGAUUGGGAAAGGUCUACUAGGAACUGGACCUCGAAUCCCCUGCAUCAGGACCCGAAUGCAGGCUAGGCCCAGGUUGGGCCGGGGCUCACCGCCGACUAGCAGAGGGAUGAGAGGCUCUUCAGGCCCCACGUCCCCAGCGCCCCGGACCAGGGAGAGCAGUAAGCCAGAGCCAGGACCCCGCUCUGCAACAGGGCUGCCUCAGGCCGGGCCCCCAAGGCCCCACUCUGCCCCUGCCUUUUCUCCUACUUCUUGUAGUCUGUCUGACUCCCAGGCUCGGACUUGUUACAGUGGGGGGCCCUUGGGCCAACCUGAAGUUUGUUUUGUCCCUAAAUCUCCCCCAUUCACUGUUUCUCCCCGGAUCUGAUGCCUUGACCUUCAUGCCCAGGAUACAGCCACAGGAUGGGGAACACAGUGAGAAAUGCGCCAGUCCCCUCCCUCAGCUGCUGAUUCCAUGUGACAACGAUAGCUCCUUGGAAUGCCAGCCACACUGUUCUGAGGCAUCGCAGAGCAUCACCUUGAGACAGGACAAAACAGGGAAUGUGCCACCCCUUCCCUCCCUCAACAGCACAAGAUUUUGG